CCUCCACACCCACCCCCCCGCCCAUGUCCCUUCAAGAGGGAGAGCCGCCUGCCUCCGUUCAAACGUAGAGGGUAACGCACGCGGAGGGGACGCUUGCUGGCUCUAUUGUUGGUUCAAAAUUACGGCUUCGUCGACAAAGGAGUCUUCUCUCAAGGAGUCUUCGCCGGGGGAGUCGACUGUUAAACGGGCGUAAAAGGAACUAGCCACUCAAGACAGGGUCUCCAGAGCCAGCAGACGGCGGCGAGGACUCAACUGGACAACAGCAAGGUUGGUGUCUGCACCUUAAGUAGGAAUGAAGCCAGGAGGGGUUUCCAUGGAGACCACAGAGCCUACUCAAGGUGCUGCUGUAGCAGAGCCUUCCUCAUUGCAGGAAAAUGCAACUGAGCAAGCCCAGUCUCAACCUGAAGCAGCAGCAAAUCAUGCGGCACCCGGAGCGUCUCUAAAGGCCAAUGGAAAGAAACGGGCAGCGGUUCAAAGUAAAAUGCAGUCGACAACUUCCUCAGGCGUUUCUGGAGCCGGCUCACGGCCAGGAGCUGCCUCACAUCACACAAUGAACAGUGUCAAACCUUCUGCUACUGGCCUGACAGACAAGAAGGCAAAAACGAUGACUACGUCAAAACCUUCAGCAGCAGGAGCUGUACCUAAAAGACCAGUGGGUGUAGCGGGAGCUUCUUCCACAGCUAAGAACCAAACUAGAGUGCCUGACUGGAGGCCAGUUGGACCUGCCAGGACUACUUCAGCUUCUGUUGCCACAGUAACGAAUGGUACAAAACCAACAGCAGUGAAUGGUGCUCCUAAGAAGAGACCAGCAACUGAAACUGUUAACAACAAAGAUAAACCCAAACCCACAGCUACUACAGGCAGAGUGGUGGCUUCUGUUUCUACAAAAACAAGCACUUCAACCACAGCUAAACCUGCUAGUGCUGCUACUUCAAAACUCACACGGCCUGUUACAGGUCCCUCAACAUCCCGGAUGACAUCCACUACAUCCAGGCCCACCUCUACCAGUGCAACUACAAAAACUAGGAUUACUAGAGUUGCCACAGCACCAUCUACUGGUAGGACCACAGCAAUACAGCCUCCUAAAACCACCGCUGCUGUAGAUAAGAAGGAUGUUGGUCGACCACCUUCUGCAACUGUGGCCAAGAAGCCCCAACCAGUCACAGCAUCAUCUGCUACUAAAAAACAUGAAAAUGUUAAACCCGUUCCUACCAUGAGACUAAACUCUACAUCCAAAGGUUCCACACUAACAAAAGCAGCAGAUGCCAAGGUGUUGCAGUCCAAACCUCCACAACCUGCAAAAUCUACUCCUAUAAAGAAACCUGUCGUGAGUGUUCGGUUUCCUUCAACUAACAAAUCACCCCUGGGCAAGACACCGCCUGCUUCUCCAGCCAACAAGCCUGCGAAUAGUAGCACCGCUAACACAAAAUGUGGAACAAAACCUACUCAGACUGUCCCACCUUUCUCUGCCACAAGGAAGAUAGAAGUUUCUAAGGCUGUGACACCAACUGUAGAUUCUCUGAGUACAGCUAGUGUAGUGACUGCAGCUGCGAGUGAAGCUGUUAGGCCACCAGAAACACUAGAGGAGUCUACUGUAGCCUUGCCACAAGAGUUACCAGUUGCUGUCUUUGCGCCAGAGGGGGUCUCUACCAGUGGGUCAGUCCAGCAUACCUCAGAGGUAGAACAGAAUACUCAAAGCAAUGAAGCAACCCCUUCGACUCCAAAAAGUCCUGUCAGAACAAACUUGCCACAAACAUCUGUUAAGCAGCAGUUGGAAGAUUGUGCUCCUUCAUUAACACAAGAUCAGAUGUCCUCCCCAGCCAAGACAUUACCACACACGGCUUUCCCUCCUGACCUGCCCGAAGAGACCAUUAACUUGGCAAAAGACAAAAGUCCUUCCUCAUCUGCAGCCCUCCCAGCUGCAGCUAAUGCCAUCCCUCUUACAGUUCCUCCUACCAAUCUUAAUGAAGAGGAAGAUGAGGAAGAGAGGGAGGGAAGUCAGCUGGUUUCUGUGUCUGAAAUGAGUGGAACCACUCAGCCAACAGAAGAGUCUCGUCCAGGGUCAGGUGGGCCACUGGGUGCGUCUGUAUGGAGAGCUGGUGGUGCCUUGCUGUCUGAGCUGGACUCUGAAGAGGUUAGUGGGAGCCAGCAGGGUGCUUCUGAGUUGAGUGCCCCCGGAGUCCUGGAGGGCACAGAGAGCAUGGACGACCUGGGAGAUGGGAGUCUGAAAGGAGCCAUGGAUAUGGAAGGAGCCUCAGUCGGCUCACCUGACUUUGAGAAAGUUCCCGACAUACCAGUCAAUGACGAAGAUGAUGACGAAGAUGACAGCGACCGGGUGUAUGACAUGGAUGUAGGCUCUGAGCGGCUGGAUGAACCACACAGACCGAGGCAUGACAAUGAUGUGGAUGAAGAAGAGGAGGAUGAUGAUGUGGAGAUGGUUAGUGAAGGAGUAACAGAGAGUGGGUUGGAGAGCUAUGGAAAUGCAGAUGAGGAUGACUUUGCUGAGGAUGAAAGGUUGGAUAACUUGAACAGAGUGGCCCAGCCUCCACCUCCACCACCUCAGCUGCCUUCUGCCCCGGCUGCUCAGUGGGACCAACCAAACCCAUUUGCUGAUCCAUGGGCAGAACCUCUUCAGCCUGGACAGGUUGCAGAAGCAGGUGCAGCAAACACUUGGCAAGUAGACUCUGAGACUCCAACCCAAACUCCACCCCAAGUCUGGUCAGUGCCAGCGUCUAAAGCUGAACCACAAAAUGUAGAGGUUCAAGCUCCACUCCCCGUCCCAGGAACGUCUCAGUCAAGUGAGAACCUGGGUGAUGUAAAAAUCCCACCUCAGGUUCCUUCUCCACAGCCUGACCUGGACUGCCAGGGCCUUGGCAUCCACUUACAGCAAAGAGACAAGGAAUCAGAAGAGGAGGCUGAACCAGAGACUUUGCCUGCUGAUGAAGUGCUAGGAGGCCCUGCAACUGCCCCCACUUCCAACCCUUCAUCCUCAGAAACAGAGGAUGAGGCUAGUGAUACGGAGGGAGAAGCUCAGUUGGAAGAUUCUUUGGAGACUCAAGCAACCAACAACGUAACCUUCGACAGCCAGCCCCCAGCCCAGCGCUGUCUGUCCAUUGUGGAUGAGGGAGAUGAGGCUGAUAUGGAGGAGGUGGAGGGUGGUGUUGGUGAAGACACCACUCCACCUUCAGCUGCCUCAUUGACAUCUUAUGGCCUUGAUAGUGUCACCACAGCUUCAAACUCCAACGCCCAGUCCACAGGAGAGAGCUGCAUCAAGAGUCCCGGCAUCUUCUCGCUGGAGGAGCUCCCUGAGGAGGCGAAGCAGCCUCAAACUGAACAAUGCCCAGCAGAGCCGCAGUAUAUUGAUUGUGGGAAGCAGGAAACUGAUCCAGCUGAGGAUGCUAAAGAAGAAGUGUUCACAUCAGAGGAAGCCCUGGAUGCCUCAUCAACUGCGGAGGAAAUCCCAAACGACGUCCAGCCUCCCUCUCCGUACUAUUCUAUCUGUGAAAAGACUCAGGACUCUUUUGCAGGCUUCACCGCAGCGCUGCACCCUCACCGUCGCGAUCACUCUGUGUAUGCCAGGACCUGCUACGAUAUCAUCAAACCCCACGGUGCUGUCACCCCACCCAAGCUGACAUGUGCUGACCUCCCUCCCAGGAGCCCUGGGCGACAGGCUUUGAGCCCUCAGCUCCGCAGGCUGGAGCAGCAUCAGAGGCAGCUGCUGGAGCUCCAGCAGCGCCGGGAGCAGCAAAGCAAACCGCUGGAAGAGGCGGAGCAGGAGAGGAAGAGGCGGGUGGAGGAGGAGGAGAGGAAGAAGAAGGAGGAAGCUGAAGAGGAGAUAAAGAGAAAUAAAGAGGAGGAGGAGGAGCGGAAAAGAAAAAAGGAAGAGGAAGAGUUGAAGCAGAGGAAAGCUCUUGAACUUCAGCUGCAGCAGCAGCAAGAGGAGCUGAAGCAAAGGCAGCAAAUAAUGCAGUGGCAGCAAGAGCUGCAACAGUCUAACAAAGGUCAGACGGUCUUACUGUCCCCUUCAUCCGGCCUCUGCACCAUUUACGAAGCCCUUGAGAACAGUGAUGAAGAGGCUGAAGAUGAAGGAAAUGAGCAGCUUUCUAAAAACAAAAAGCCAAAACAACAUGCAUAUCAACAGAUCUGUGACAGCCAUGAAAAGAUGGGGUCAGAUGACGGCUCUCCUAGUCUUCCAGAUCCUCUAGACUCCACUCAGUCAUCCAGCAACCCCUCCCACGAUGAUGACGUGUCCUCCUUUUGCUCUCCCGACUCCCCAGAGCGGCCUCCACCCCUAGACCUUGACUGGGGUAAGAAAGUAGACAUAGUCCAGCAGCUGAUCAACCAGACGCUGCUGCUGAACGGAGACGGCUGUUCCUCUCUGCUGCUGUUGCCAGGGGGUGCUGGAGGCACACUGAGCCCCCUGGAGAGCAGCCUGUGGCCUAGCCUGCUUCCUCCUCUCACCCCUCCCUCUGCAACCGUCACCUCUGUUAGUAGUUUCUCCCCCGAGGCCACUGGCAGCUCCCCACAGGGGGAGUGGACGGUGGUGGAGCUGGAGACUCAUCACUGAUGCACUCGCACACUUUAACAGUCCUGCAGGUGUCGUAUUUACACACUCAUACAGGGAAAAUAAGAAGUGCUAUCCACACAAAUUUACAUGCAAAUCCACUACUAUAGGAGGCAGAAAACUAUGUUGGAUGUGUAUGCUGUACUGUAGUUUUCCUCUACACACUGGAUACAAAUAUUUACUUCUAGAGGAAAGCUGUUUAAAGUGAGGUGAACACUUAGGCUGGGGACAAGACAAUUUACAUUAGCUAGUUUUUUCUUUAAAUCCACAACACCCUUUUUUUCUAUCUGUAGUCCAACAUCUUUGAGUAUAAUGAGUAUAGUAGAAAAAUACAUAUCCUACACAACAGUAUUUUUUCUGACUUUCCUUAAACAGAUUUCAUAAAUCCAAACCCGCUCCUGUAGACUGAGAUACAAUGAAAACAAGCACAACAGAUACUAAUGCAGCUGAAUUGUUGGUUUUUUUAUCCUGUAGUUUGAUGUAAAAAGAUGUUUGUGGCUUUAAAGUAAUGAAUUAAGACACUCAGGGAGUGGAAAACGGUAAGUUGUUAAUUUUUGGACUUUGAAAGUUGAAGAUUGGAUAAAAUGUCUAAAAAAAACUAACUUGAUUAUGCUUAGACUGGACAUUUAAACGAAAAAAAAAAAACAACAAUUUUUCUAAUUAAACAUGAGGGCUAAGGAGAUAAUGAUAAUUAUAGAUUAAAUUGAGAUAUAAAAUGUAUAUUUGUAUUAUUGAUUUUUAAACCUCCCCCAAACUCCAGAAUUAUCUCCUCCCUACCUUAAGAGUCUCUGCUGAGGCCCAGAAAGUCCCCAAUUCUGCCAGUGCAGAACCUGGGUCUAAUCUCUCCCACAGAAAUGCAAGUAAACAAACGCAACAUGACCCCACACACUGAAACUCUGCACCUGUCUCACCUCACACUCAAUAUCCUACACCACUGAAGAUAAUCCUCCAACCCAAGAGCAUGAAUUCACUCUGGAUUGUGUUCCUCACCUGCAUAUCUUAAUUGAAGCCAUAUUUGUUUUAUAUAUGUUUACAUGCAUUUUCAUCAUUGCUCUUGUAGUGAUUUAAAAAAAAGAAAAAAUCACUGCUUCCUAGUGUUCUAGGAGAUUGCACUUAAACUCCUCGAUCAAGUCAAAUGUGAUCAUUGUUGAGGAGUAGUCCCAGUUUGUGUCCACUAUUUAUUUUAAAAUGGAUUGCAAAAAAAAAAAAACUACCUAAAUGAAGGACAAAGUCUCAUCUGAGCCGUUUGUAUCGUACAGUACCAAAGUUGAAUACAUGCAACUUAAAUUUCUUAUCGAAAAAACUGGAUUCAGACUCUUGAUGUGUAGCUACUGGAGAUAUUUUGGUGCUGGUUAAUGUCUAAACACAACUGUAGGUUAAUUUUAUAAGCAUAUUUUGUCGCGGUUAUACGAACGUUCAGAUUUUGCUUGCUUUUUCUCCCUGUGCCUGUGUGGGUUCUCUGGUGCUCUGGUUUCCUCCAACAGUCCAAAGACGUACUUAUUUGAUUUGACCCGUGGGAUGUGAGCAAGCACAUAUGGUUGUCCUGACUCUGUUAGCCCUGUGGUGGGAUGGCAACCUGCCAAGGAUGAACUGUGCUUCUCCCCCUGUCAGCUGGAAUAGGUUGCUAUUCCCAGCAGGAUUAAGCAAGUAGAGAAUAUUUUCGUUAACGUGGUUUUACUUAUAUUGACAUGUUUACAUAUGUAGACUACACUGCUUGCGUAAGCACCUGUAAUUAUGAGGCCCACUUUAUCAGUCUAGUCCAAUAGAUUAUUGCAAUACGACAAACUCUGGGUUUUCGCCGGUAGUGCUGUGAAGGCGCGACUUUGUUGUGCGAUCUGGGGAGGCGGAUGAAGUGCAUCAGAUUAUUUAGGGUAAUAUUGAAACUGUGAUGAGUUACAGUAUGGGAUGCGUGGUUGUUCAUAUCUGUGCUACAUGUUGUCGCCCGUCUGUGUUACUGCUGUUUGUCCGUCAGUGCUGUUUAAAGGAAGUCUUGUUGAACUUCAACAAUUAAAACGACUGUCUUCAUUUAGUUCUCGGCUUGCUGCAAAGUCUUCUGGUUUAUCUUGUUUUCAGUACUUUGAGUUGCAUGUUGUCCCCAUCAAACGCACUACAUAAUCUCUAAUGAAGGGAAUCUUUACUUUUGUAUUUCAGAGUUUUAGAGGUAUUGUAGCUGUUUAAGAGCUCUAUAGAUUUUUUUUUAUUGAAUACAGAAUGAAGGAUGUUGGGUAUAUAUGGUAGAUUUUAUUCUUUAUAAUUAAACUGCCUUUCUUGUUCAGUCAACAGAACUGAUGAGUUGAAUGGUCUCCAUUUGUAGGUGAAGACACUGUAUUUGCUACUCAGGCUCAGAGUUAAGUCUUUUUUUUUCUUCUUCAUUUGGAUGUUAAUUUAUUGACAGUCAGGCCUGUGUCAUUACUUAAAAUGUCUUCAUGAACCUGCUGAAAAGAAGUAAACAUCUAUUUCACUCCAGGUCCGACUCAUGGCAGCUUCUUUAAAAUAAAAAAUGUGACCUGUUUUGUUUUGACUCUGACAAAUUUGUGAUUGUGUGUAAUUAUUUCACUACAAUGUUACAUGUUAAUAAAAUUCUUUUUUU